UUCGUCCUCAUCAGUAAGAAGUUGACCCCGCCCGCUCGCGCUUUUGCCUGACCUAGCAGUAGCACAAAGCAAAACCCUUUUUUUCUGCAUCUUUCUUGACUUUUGGUCUCUUUGGGCCGCGCGAGUCCCCAUGGAUCCAGAAGACCUCGGACAAUUUUUUGCGAGCCAUUGGCAGGCGACCUGUCAGAAUAGCCGGAGCUCAUUGGAGCCAAACGACCUUAAAGAAUUGGCACGUCUCAAUUCAUGGGGUGCACUGCAAUCUCUGCUCCAGGAUCCCGCUAAUCGCGAAAUUGCACGGGUCCUGCCCGCUCUGAGCCAUCUGAAAACCUUCGUAGGUGUUUUUGAAACACAACUUGGCGCGGAGUUGGAUGCGGCCUUCUUUUGGGGAGUUCUGGGGAUUUUGAUUCAGGUUUCAUGUGAAAGCCCAGGAGCAACACGAACUGUCCAGCGGGUCCUGAAAUCCAUUGGGUACAAGGCCGAUUCCUUCAAUCAAGUCUGUUGUGCCACCACGCCCGUCAUGACUGGUCAGAUGAAAGAAGCCUGUUUUGAGAUGCAUAUACAGCUGCUUGAAUUCUUCAUUGAUGCCAUCAAAUGUCUCCGAGGGGAGUUCUCUGAUGCCACGUUCGAAAGCUUGAAUGGGCACUGUGAAGACCCUUUGGUGGUUUUGGAGCAGCGUUUCCUCAAAGCUAACCGCGACCUCAACGACGCAAUCUCUUGGGUUGAGAAAUUGGCUCAGUACAGCCCGCCUCGCGGGACAAUCCAAUCUGUAUCGAACCACUCGCCUUCGCCAUCCCGACCAACCCUCUUACUGUCGCAGACAAGGAUACUGCCUGGCCGUUUUUUCGAUCGUGUGGAUGUCUUCGAAAGACUCGACCAAAUAUUCGAGCGCCAGGAGCGUCGCACGCCGUUCAAGGCUGUUGCUCUGUGGGGACUAGGGGGUGUGGGAAAGAGCUCCAUUGCAAUUAGCUAUGUCGAUCUCAAAGUCCAACAGAAGCAAUACGAUGCCAUAUUCUGGGCGAAUGCGGAGAAUUCUGCAUCCCUGCGCCAGAGUUUCACAGACUUUGCCAUGAAGCUCAAGUUACCUGGAGCACGCCCAAACAGCCACGAUGAGAACCUCGAACUUGUUCAAGAAUGGUUUCAAUCUACUGAGGAUGCCUGGCUUGCGGUAUACGACAAUGUGUCCUCUGCAGACAUCCUGCAGCGCUUCUGGCCAGUAUCGAAUCACGGUUGUGCUAUCAUGACCACAAGGAAUCCAUCACUUGCUUUCGAUCAUACCAAUGACAGCAUUGAAGUCACUGCGUGGGAUCCCAAUAUGGGCUCUAGGUUCCUGAUCUUUUUGUUGAAAAGACAGAUUGGCAGGGACCUUGAUGCAGAAGGUGUGUCUGCCUUAGAGCUCUCCAAGCGGCUGGAUGGACAUGCCCUUGGCAUCACACACAUGGCGGGACUGAUACAGCGACGGUCCUGGUCGAUCUCUGACUUCAUGAAAUUCUAUAUGAAAAAUCCUCGGCGAGCUCAUACAUCUGAACUUCAGUCUUUGUGGGAAUUCUCCUUCAAAUCCCUGGACAAAGACAGCCGAUCAUUUUUGGGGGUCAUUUCAUUUCUAAUGCCGGAUAGUAUUCCUCAGUCCCUCUUUGAACUGAGAGAAGAGGAUCUGCCGGAGAGCAUCAAGUUCCUCUCAGAUGAGUUCAGCUUCUGGGAAACGAUCGAAAGCCUACUCAUGCUAUCUUUAGUCAAAAGAAACCGCGACACAGGCGUAUUUUCUGUUCACCGAAUGGUUCAAACACAAUUUCGCUACUUUCUUAGCGCCGAAGAGUUACAGCAAGCCUUCCAAGACACUAUCAACCUGGUACAUCGAAUCUUUCCCAGGCAGGAAGAGGAGAAGGAUCAACUGUAUGAUCAAUGGGAUCAGUGCAAUGCCCUCCUGCAACAUGUCAUCUUUCUCAAAGACUGUUUCCAGGAAUGUUAUAAGACAACUGUUCCUCUCAAGGCUACAUGGGAGUUCUGUGACUUGCUAAUACAAUGUCAGAGAUAUCUUUUCGAGGUCAACCUCCUUGAAGAGCUCCAGGCAAUGUGCGAGGUCAAUCUGAAUGCUGCGAAGACUCUGAACGAUGCCAGUCACUGUGCAGAUGUUACGGCAUCCACCCUUUCUCAUCUUGCUCAAUUGCAUGAGACACUGGGAAAUGCUGAAAAAGCAAUCGAACUGAACCGACAAGGGCUCAGUCUGCGUCUCAGCGAGGAACCAAAAAAGCUCGUGCUUAUCUCGGGCUUCGAGAACAAUCUUGGCGUUGCGUACAGCACUGGAAAUGAUCACGAAAGUGCUUUGAUUUGGUUGGAAAAGUCUCUUUCAAAUUGGAGUAAGGCCUGCGAGCUACAAGGAAAACCUAGUUAUAAAGACCCAGUGAUCAUGGCAAAUAUCGGUCGCUGUCUUGUCUACCAGGGCAAGCCAGUUGAAGCCAGGGGAAGGUAGACUUUGCGAUCGGGGAGCUCAGGAAGACCAAGCCAUUGAAUUGGGGAGCCUUGGCAUAUGCCUGUUUUAUCUUGGGCUUAAUCGACACCUUGCAGGGUAACUUGGAGUCAGCUGAGGCACACCUCAUCAAUGCCCAGAAUAUAUGGCUUCAGGGAGACCAUACAAGAUUGCAUCCGUUCAACGGAGGGUGCAUGUACAAGAUAGGCCUAUGCUGCCUUUCCCAAGGAAAAACUGAAGCGGCUGUGAAACACUUGCGAGAUUCGUUGGAGGUGACACGUUUUCACAAGGAAAGCUUGCCACUGGAGCAUGCUAGGAAUCUCUAUAAGCUUUCUGAAGCCUUGACACAGGAUAGUCCUGAUGACGUGUUAGGGCCGGAGAAGCUACUACAGGAAGCAGAGUUGUACUUGAAGAAAGGCAAGCUUGAUCAUGUCUCAGGAGGAAUUGAGGAGGCUUGUGCACGGAUGAUUAAUAUUUCCUGGCGUUGACUCAAAUGGUAAUGAUUGUGUGCGGGACGAGGCUGAGGCCACGUGCCCUGUCCUCUUACACUGUUAUUGUAAUUGCGCUUCUUCAAACGCUGAGUCUUUGAGCGUUGACUAUUGCGUGAAGGGACCGUACGACUUUGGGAUGUAUACGAAUUAAAAACAAAUCCACACAAAUCUAUGUAGGGUACAUGCUUACAUGCCCACUGUCUACUGUUUAUGCUGCCCGUACUACCCG